UGUAUGUAUUACCUUUUUGACUGCAAUGGAGAAGAAAAAUCUUGACGCUAUUGCUAAUUUGUUUACGCCACCAAUAUCGCGCAGGAGGCCCAAGAAGAAGAAGAAAAAGGACGGGAUUGACGCUGUGAUUGAUGCUGGAAGGCUGCUCAGUUUAGGAAUGAACAAUCCGCGAGACAUAAAAAAUCCCCUUUUAACAUCAGACGAAUCUGAUGGGGAAGAGGCAGCAGUGAUUCAAAAUCUGAACGCCUGGUUGACAGACGACGAGAGUGAAACCCAGCCGACAAAACCCAAAUCAACAACCACCAGCAAAACGUCAAACACUUACGUGACCUGCCUAACCAGCCAGUGCGUGCCAGAAAACUUAAUUCACUAUGAGCUGUCUGAAGAAGAGGAUGACGGUGUGGUAGUCAUCAGCAAGGGUGUCAUGGACGCAGAAAUUACCGAGGAUGAGGAUGAGGUGAGCGUGGUACAACAACAGGUGGCGACCACCCCUGACGCGGAGGUCAGCAGCUGCGAAAAGGUACAAGUGUGGCUGCAGAGACUGAAUACUUCUGGACAUGCUGUCAGGCACCUUCUCAUGGAGCCGCCAGCGCUGGAACAGCCAAUCUCUCAGGGCACUUCUACAGGAUACCCUCUAACUGAAAGAUCACAAAACCGGGAUUCUUCCUUCUGCGCAACUUCUCGUUUGAAUUCGAGCUCUGAUUCCUUACCUACGACAGUUCCUGCGUUUCAUAGCCAAGCCUCUUCCCGAUCUUCUUCCUUCUACUUCAGAGACAGAGUCCCUUGGAGCAAAAGCCAGCCGCCUCCACCAAAACAACAAAAGAAACCCACCAGUGUAAAGAAACUUUCUAAUCGAUCUGGCCUUACAAUUUGGAGUGAUGCCAGGUCGACGCAGGAAUCGUUUCAUUUACGCAUUGAGACGUCAGAGGAAAACCAGGAAAACUCAUUCUCUUCAGUAAUACCGAUUCAAAGGGCAAGUGAGUCGUCAACUCGACAAUCUACAACAUCAGGAAGCGGGUCGGAUUCGCUUCCAGAGACUGUGGCCAAGAUGUCUGAUGUGUACGCAUCUUCAGAGCAGUGCAAACCUCUCGUUGAUCUGACCAACCACUCGACAUUCAACCCGGUGCUUUCCUCCACGAUGAGAGACUCUGUGUUUAGCUUCCCGAGCGGAGACCUGGAGUACAAAAAGUCGCUUGACCGCACCCUGGCAAAGACUCCGAUUGUGAGAAAACAGAGCAAGGAAAAGAGACCAAGCAUGCUUGAGCGGAGGGAGGUGAUCUUGAUAUCAUCUGAUGAGAAUUCCAAUGGUGAGAGUUCAGACUGCAUCUCAGCGUCCAGUGAGGAUGAGCGGGAAAAACGCACUAUAAUCACAAAGACACCAUUAAAGACUCGCCUUGUUGACGUUAUGACGUCUGAUUCUGACUCAGAAGAAGAACCAGUCAAGGUACUAUCGCAGGUUGUGCCAGAAACGGACGACGAGAGUGAAAAGUCAACUCAGUUUGAUGAGGAGGGUGCUCAUUGCUCAAAAGCAUCACCUCAGCAGAAGGUGAAAUCUCCCAUGGCAAGGGCAAGAGCUAUUUCUGAGUCUGAAGACGAUGAAGAGCUGGUUGAUCAAUUUUUCAAGAAGCAGAAGCAGAAAAAAAACGAAGAAAUGACUCCCAGGAAGGACCCUGAGGAAUAUGAAAUCGGUGAUGACUCGUUCAUAGUUGAGGAUGACGUGAUCUACGUGGAUAGUGACGUUUCAGAGGAUGAGGAGGAGCAGCAAAAGAAUUUCAGUCCUUCAUUUUAUCUGCGCGUUCUGAAUGACCAGAGAAAGGCUAAUGCCUCUUCUGAUGUGACAAUCAAGGAGGCAAAUUGGACUGAGGCUCGUAAGCUGUUUACCCAGGUUCAAACUCCAAAAGGUAAAAAGAAAAAUGACAGGAAAACGCCUAAGAGAGAUAACGAUGGUUUUCAUCGCCCCACACUUGGCUUCCUCGCAUCAUUAUCAACAGAGGGGUCCUCAGCACUUUGCCAUCCUGACGCAGUUCCUUUCUUGAAGAAUUUCAAACCACGCAAAGAUGAUCUCGUGGAAAAGCUUUUUGCGCUUUUCAACAGAACAGUGUUUGAUGAUAAGCUCGACCCUGAAAUGUCUAUCACUUGGAAUAACAGACUACGCAGCACAGCAGGCUUCUGCUACAAUCAAAGGAAAAGAGUUGAGGGUGGUGGCACCAUCAGAUUUUCUCGCAUUGAGCUCUCUGGCAAGAUAUUGCAAAAUGCUGGCCAACUGAGAGACACUUUGAUCCACGAAAUGUGCCAUGCCGCCACCUGGGUGAUAGAUGAAAUGCUUGGAGGACAUGGACCAGUCUGGAAGAAAUGGACUAGGAAAGCAAACAGAAUUCACCCUGAGCUGCCUGAAAUAAAGCGCUGCCACAGCUACCAGAUUGAGACUGCCUACACAUAUCGGUGCACCAAGUGCCAGUACAGUUUUGGAAGGUCCUCCAAAUCACUGGACACUGAAAAGAAGGUUUGUGGUUACUGCAAGGGUAAGUUUGAGCUGAUAGUGAACAACAAAAAAGGCACACCAAGAGAGCCCAAAGGAUUUGCAUUGUUCGUGAAAGAAAACUACAAAAUUGUCAAACAGAAGGACAUGAAGCACAAAGAUGUGAUGCAGCUGCUCAGCGAGAAGUUCAAAUCAACAAAACUGUGAAAUGUUUUGUAUACAAUGACUGUUUGACUGACUGAGAGCAGAGUGCUCCAAAAUAGGAUCCAACCACAAUGCACCUUCAGUUCUUGUGCAAAUUGACACUAUGCUAAUAGUCGCUUCCGGUGUGAGCUGCAUUUAAAUAUUUUACCAAGUUCCAGGUUAAAUGUUUUUCUGUAUUUUAUUUUUAAUUUUCUUUGAAAUCUGAAUAUAUUAAUUUGGGAAUGUUAAACCCUCUUGCAAUACUUAAAACUGUAUCGAUCGCAAUCAGCUAUUUCUGCCCUUUCUUGAAAAGAUUUAAAAUUACGUGACCCCUUUCAAGCAGCAGUCAAAAAUCUGUGCUGGAAAUUUAAGCAAUUUUAAAUUGUGGAUCAACAUAGAAUAAUACAUUUUUAAAGAACAGAUAUUUCUUUUUUCUGUUUCUUGUAUUGAUGGAUCCGUGUUGUUCUCAGUGACAAAAAAUAGUACUAAUGAUUUGAGAAAUUAUUGAAAUAUAUUUUACUUUCUUGACAUGGAGAUUGAAAAGAGUAAUAAAAUAGCAUUUGAAACAAUAU